CCGGCCUUCCCGCUCCCGCGGCGCUGCAACUCGGCCGUGCCUCCUUAAAACUCUGCCGUUAAAAUGGGGGCGGGUUUUUCAACUCAAAAAGCGCUCAAUUUUUUUUUCAAAAAAAGCUGAUGAGGUCGGGGGAAAAAAAGGGAGAAGAAACCGGCACCGUCUCUGCUGCGGCAACAGAAGCGGCAAUUGUUGAAGAGAAAAGCAAGAAAGGGAGGGAAAGAAAAAGAGCAAAAAGGGGGACAACUCGCAAGUUGCCUGUGGGGGUGAAAGGACCGGCGAUUUUUGGGGGGAGACCAGCUACAAAAGAAACUGUCACCUGGAGCGCUGCGACUCGGAAGGAAGCAGGACCGCCCUGCUGGCUCCAGGACACAGCUGGCUGGCGGCCGCUGCCCACCCGGCAGCAGGCUGGGGACACAGGCCGGGGAUCGCAAGAGGUGGGCGAAGUGGCACUGGCUGCCGAGGAAGACUGGACUAGCUGCGCCCUGCGACUGCGGCCACUCCUCAGACUCGGAACUUGGCCUGCGCUUCCCGGGACCCUCCCGAUCUCCGGGGGGCUCUCAGAAAACCGGGGAAGGAAGCAAAAGGCGGCGGUGGCGGCUCGGGAGCGACUACAGUAGGAAGUCUCGACUGGCUGGGUCGUAGGCGGGAAGUUACAGUGAGCUGCCCGGUGCCACCGCGAUGCUGCCGCCCGCUGCUCCAGCACUCCGGGGCCUCUAGAGACCCCCCGCCUCGCCGUGCCCCUUCCUCACACUACUGGGAGGCCCGGGACCCGGUGGGGCCGGCAUGACCGGCUUGCCCAGGGCCCGCCGAGCGCCCGGCGGUCUCCGGAGACGCGCGCCGAGCCUGGCUCCCACGGCCUCUGAGGCUCGGCGGGGCUGCGGCAGCCGGGCGGGCGAACCCCGGAGCCUUCCCGCGCAGCGUUAGCCCGGGGCCCGGGCCGGGACGCAGAUAAAGGCUCCUCCCGAGAAGCUGAGGCCACCGAGGAGUCGUGAGCACCAGUAACUGGAGGGACACGGAACUGUACUCCUGUGAGCCUCCGGCGCUCUUCUCUAACCCCCCCAGAGCACGUCAGCAUCCAGCCCCCGCGGCGCGCUCCCCGCAAGGACUCCGGACUACCCCUUGGGCGAGACGGAUGGAGACCGAGCCCCUCCGAGGACCUGCCCUGCAGUUGUGGCUCGCGCGACUCCAGUCACCACCGUGAACAAGGGACCCUAAAGAAUGGCCGAGCCUUGGGGGAACGAGUUGGCGUCCGCAGCUGCCAGGGGGGACCUAGAGCAACUCACUAGUUUGUUGCAAAAUAAUGUAAACGUCAAUGCACAAAAUGGAUUUGGAAGGACUGCGCUGCAGGUUAUGAAACUCGGAAACCCCGAAAUUGCCAGGAGACUACUACUUAGAGGUGCUAAUCCCGAUUUGAAAGAUGGAACAGGUUUUGCUGUUAUUCAUGAUGCGGCCAGAGCAGGUUUCCUGGACACUUUACAGAUUUUGCUGGAGUUUCAAGCUGAUGUUAACAUCGAGGAUAAUGAAGGGAACCUGCCCUUGCACUUGGCUGCCAAAGAAGGCCACCUCCCCGUGGUGGAGUUCCUUAUGAAGCACACAGCCAGCAAAGUGGGGCAUCGGAAUCAUAAGGGGGACACCGCCUGUGACUUGGCCAGGCUCUACCGCAGGAACGAGGUCGUUAGCCUGAUGGAGGGAAACCAGGUGGAGGGAUCUGCGAAUCUGUCCUAAAUGUGGGAGGGCUCUCCCAUACAGCCUUCUAUUUUGUCAGUAAUUAGUUUGGGCUAAUAUUUGUUAAAUUCAGUUUUGUCCUAUUUUAGCAGCUAGUUAAAUCCUCUGAAACUGCUAAAUGGAAAUCUUACUACAAGUUGAUGAAUAUAUUUAAGCAGCAUCCUUUUCACCUGCAAAAUCCUGAUUUCUAACAUGUAAUUGCAAAUAGCUUUGACUUUCUUCUGAACAUUUUAUCCUAUCUUUUCCUGUCUUUUCCUUUGCCAGUCUCAAUACCCAAUUCAAGACUCAACUUGGAGAUCUUGUUUUUAAAAUGGUUUGUCUUGAUACUUCUAUAAGCCCAAUUAAAACAUUUUU